UAACAGCUAUUUAUGGAUAUUUGAUUGUAUUCUUACAUAAACUAAAAAAUAAUGUCCGAAGUAUCACGUGUGAAAUCAGUUAAAAGUCGCCAAGAUACGAUAAAACAAGAUGAAUUAAAGCAAAGUUUGCCUAAAGUCCAGUCGCAUUUCCUUGUGCCUUCGGAUAGGCUCGACAAAAUAACUCGUCGCGUGAUAGCACCUUACGCUCAAAUAGAGAGAAAAGGAGAAAGGACGUACAGAAAAGAAGAGAAAUAUUUAGAUAUAAACAGGUUCAAUGUUUUCCUUGAGGAUACGGUUGAUUUGAAUUCACUGUUGUAUGAAACUGCGAAUGUUUUGAGAACCGUGACUAAUAGCUCUGGAGUUUUUGUUUACAUCGUUAACAAAGUUAAGAAUGAAAUAGUUUUAAUGACAGAAAACUCGAAGAAUCCAGAGCGACACGAGAUCAACAUACCUAUAGAGGAAAAUAAGGUCCCAGCAGCGCACGUGGCGUCUACUAAGGAGUAUCUUCUGAUCGAAGACGUGCAGCGCGACCGAAGAUUCGCUGAAGGACUCAAGUGGAUUGAAGCAAAGGUGGCUCUAUGCAUGCCUAUCGUAAAGCCAGAUGGGGACUGCUAUGCUGUGCUGGAGUUGUAUCGGACGGACAGUGAGAACUAUGAUGCUAACGUAAUCUAUACUGUGGUCAGCAUAGCAUGCUGGGCGGGUGCAGCCGUGCACCAGGCUCAGGCCAGGAUACUGCUGCAGAAGACAUCCCACCUGAACCAGGAGCUCAGAGCGCUACUGAACAACUACUUCAGCGAUCUGGCGUCAUUGGACACCAUGCUGACGGAUAUGCUGGCAGUUAUAAAAUCCUUUAUAGGAACAAUGAGGAGCAGUUUUUUCAUAAUAGAUAAGGUGCACAUAGGAGAUCACAUCCAGGCCGACAUGUGGGAUGACGGCUGGAGCGCAGAACAGUCCGCGAUGCCAAAAAAGAGGAAUAAAAUCAACCUAUCCACCGAUCAGACUCCUGCAGGCCUAGUGGCUCGCACAGGCAAACCGCUGAACGUCCGCGACGCGUUCAAAGAUCCCCGCUUCUUGAAGGAGAUCGAUCCGGUCACGGGGACAGUCGUAAGGUCGUGUCUCCUCGCACCCGUUAUGGAUAAGGAUACUGUUAUCGGCGUGGUCCAACUGACAAAUAAGACGAACUUCACGCCGUUCAACUCGGAGGACGAGAAGAUAUUCGACGUGUUCGUCAACUACUGCUCGCUCAUUGUGCACUUCUACAAUAUGCAGCAGCAGAAGAUAUUUCACGAGAAUCUGAACAAGGUUUUCGGAACACUGAUGGGCCUGCAUCUGAAGCCGUGCCGACAUGAACUGGAGGAGCUGAUGGAGUCCAAUGGAGUCGUUUUACCAUCAAAUAAUUUUAGGAGCUACGAUUUCCACAUAAGCGAGUGCAGCAAGGAAGACAUGCCAGGGCUGCUGUGCUACAUGUUCGUGGAGACCUUCGCCGACGGCAACUUCGAGCGACGCAUCCUGGCAGACUUCGUGCUGACCAUCCUGAGCUGCUACCGUCAGAACCCCUAUCACAACGCGGAGCACGCCUUCUGCUUCACGCACACGAUGUACAUGAUACUCAGCAGUAACCCAGGAUACUUUGACUUUGUUGAGACGGCAGCACUGAUGCUGGGCGGCAUUUGCCACGACCUGGACCACCCAGGUUUCAACAACAACUUCCUCAUCAUGUCCCGACAUCCUCUGGCCCAGAUGUACAAGACAUCCACGCUGGAACACCACCAUUUCUUUCUUGCCAAGCAUAUUAUCGAGGAAAAAAAACUUCUGGCCUUGUUGUCGAUUGACGAUCGUGACAGAAUCUUGCAGGAAAUGAAGUACAACAUACUCUGCACAGACCUAGCGCUCUAUUUCCAGUUGCGUGCUCAACUAUCGCCGCUACUGGCCGAUGGUACCUUCGAAUGGACGGAUAAUUCACAUAGGAAAAUGCUCAAGGGAAUAUUGAUGACGACGAGCGACCUGUCUGGUUGUUGCAAGCCGUUCGGUGUCUCCAAAGCGAUAGCGGAGUGUGUUUACGAGGAAUUUUAUAAUCAGGGUGACAAAGAACGCGAAAUGGGCUACCACCCGCUCAGCAUGAUGGAUCGAAACCGAAGACUUAACCAGCCAGCGGAGCAGAUCCAGUUUCUGUCCGUCGUGAUCAUUCCGUGUCUUAUGAUGUUGCAGACCUUGUUCCCCAACACGAGCCCGCUGAUGGAAAACUGCAAGAAAACUCAAGAGGCGUGGCACGAGGAGAUAGAGAUUCGUGGUCAGAAGCUGUGGCGGCAAGAAGAUUCUGUGCGGAAGCCCUCCCGCGGUCUGGUUCAAGUGAAGACUGAGAGCUCUGAAUAGAAUUUAACGCAUUACAUACUUAUAUUUGUUUAAUAAUAAUAAUUAUUUUCAUUAAUACUAAAUAAUUUGUAUUCCAAAAUGCCCAACCCAAACACACAUGCCAACUGUAAGUUACA